CCGUUUCUUUUACUGGUUACAGAAACAAGGUGGAUCCAUAUACGAUACUAGCACAGAUAUUUGCUAUUGUUUCUCUUUCUGUUUGUUUCUGCCUUGCACGCAAGAAAUAACUGAAUCUUUUUGUACUAUGAACAAAACAAGCGCACGCACCUGGCUGCCUUUUCUAAUUGUCUUGCUUACACUAGAGCUAAAACGACUUCUCUCUCAGAUCUCAACUAGUAAUGCCGUAGCGUGCUAACCCACCAGCCCACUACGCACGAUCAUGGUUUGUGAUCAUUCUAAAACAGGAGGCUCACCUACAAUCAUGUAUUCCUACGGUGAUUAAUGGCCUGGUUUUUGGGCAGACCACAAGUUAGGCUCGCUCCACUACCGGCCCUUCCACCGUCGAGUUCUCUUUUAGUUUUCAGCUUAUGGAAGGGUUACUAUAAUUCAUUGCAAGCCACUUCCAUUGAGGUUUUGUAUUUUCUAGCUUUUAGAAACGCCACUAACAAUCCUCAACUAGCUGCUUACCAUCUGGUUUAUGCGAUCUAAAUGUAUGUACCACACUUAAUGCUUCUUGUCUAGAGUGGAAACUCUUCCUUGUGCAAUAGUUUUAGUUUCACAACUGCAUCUAGAAACCCUUGCUGCCGCCUCGCAUCAUCAUUUCAUCGUGCAGAUGCUGGUAACAUGAAAUGGUGGGAUCCACUCAUCAUUUCACCAUAUCAAAUAUGCACCACAUCGCCACACACGGCUGAGCAAUCCUAGUUUGUCAUUUAAACCACCUCGCUGCACACGUGGCCACCCGCGCAUCACCCUAAUCGCCUAUAUAAACCCCUCAUUGCCAAGCUCCUGCACUCACUCCAAGGCUCCACCUUCUUCUCUGCACACUGAUCCUCUGCCCAUUGGUCGACCGGAGGAGCAAACCCCAUGGCCGCCCGCCCCCAUGGCCGCCCGCCCCCACCAUUUCCUCCUGCUCCCCGUGCUACUCCUGCUACUCAGCGCCUCCUCUGCGAGCGCCAAUGGUGACGUUGUCAAGGCGGGGAGCGGAAAGGUUAGCAUGGCUCUCUACUAUGAGUCGCUGUGCCCCUUCUCAGCGCACUUCGUGGUGAACAGUCUCGCCAGAGUCUUCAAGGAUGGACUCAUUGAUGCCGCGGACCUCACCCUCGUUCCCUACGGCAACGCCAAGGUGGACGUGCACGGUGCCAUCACCUGUCAGCAUGGCCCCGAUGAAUGCCUUCUGAACAACGUGGAGGCUUGCGCCAUCAACGCGUGGCCGGAUUUGAAUGUGCAUUUCGGUUUCAUCAACUGCGUGGAGGACCUGGUGAUGAACCGCAAGCGCGAGGAAUGGAAGUCGUGCUUCCAGAAACAGGGGCUUAAUCCCAAGCCUGUCAUGGAGUGCUACAACAGUGAGCAUGGCCACAAGCUUUCGCUCAAGUAUGGGAAACAGACUGAUGCGCUUGUGCCCCCGCACAAGUACGUUCCUUGGGUGGUGGUUGAUGGCCAGCCGCUGUACGACGAUUACGAGAACUUCGAAGCUUACGUCUGCAAGGCUUACAAGGGCCAUCCUCCCAAGAUUUGCCAAGGGCUGGGCCGUGACUACCCAAUCGUACAACAGGUGGUGGAGGCCGGCACCGGUGUCACCUACAACUCCGGCGAUUUCGAGCUGGAUGAAGGGGUCGAGGACGAGAUUAAGAUGGUCCAGGGUGAUGACAAUUGAUAGAUUGUAUAUGUCUCCUUUCGGGGCUCCUAUACCGAUAUACGUGAACAUAGGGCAGUUUCAUCUUUCUGUUCAGGUUAAUGGAGAUGAACACCAGUAAUAAAGUGACUUAUGGUGAUGUAAAUUUAUGUUCAAGUUAAUAUGGAGAUAUAUGUGAGCAUUGUCAGUUUUAUUUUUC